CUUUCCCGGAAGCCCGCGCCCGCUGCUUUGCUCCUUACCGCUCGCAGCCAAAGGAAGAGCACGCCAGCUCUCCUCGUUCCUCCAUCCCCUGCGGGGAGCUUUGCAAGGUAUUUUAAAGAACAAAAUACACACUUACAAAAAAGUGGCGAAAAAAGAGCCCGGUAAGAUCCGUUUCCCUCCAAAAUUUCUACGGUAUGCUUCCACUCUCUCUCAGCUCCGGCAAUCUCUCCUCCUCCUCCUCCUCCUCGUCUAGGGUUUCGAUCUCGAAUUUCGAAUUUCCUCGCAAGAAUUGAGAUAUUUAGGGUUCGUAGAGCUUCGAUUAAUGUGAAGGGUUGAAUCUUUCUGGUUCCAGAGGUUGGAUUUUGAUCCAAUUCGUGGAAAUGGUGCUGAUUUCGGAGAUAGCAGGCGGCAACCCGAACGAGGAGGAAGAGGGGCGAAAGGAGGAGGAGGGGCCAGCGGAGGAGGAGCUGAAGGUGGACGGGGAGAAGGGCUCGCCGGAGAAGCCCCAUGAGCCGGCGGGGAGUGGGGGCGCGGCUGGAGAGGUGAAGGAGUCUCCGGUCAAGGGGCCGCAGGGGUCGUCGGCGGGGCAGACGCACUACAACGAGUACGCCCUCCGGGUGGCCUACAUCAUGCGGAGCUACCUCGACAUGCGGCGGGCGGGCGUCGCCGGCGCCGGCCAGGGGCCGCCGGCCAGGGAGGCGGCGGUGGGGGACCGAUGUAAGGCGAUGAUGGAGGUGGUGCGGAAGGAGCAUGGGAUGUGGACGGUGUCGAAACUUGUCGUUGAGCACAACCAUGAGCUCUUGCCAAACAAGGAUGCCGAUGGAGAUGGCGCUGGGCUGGUGCCGGCCGUGGGCAUGGAGUUCGAUUCUGUGGAGGUUGCCAAGGCUUUCUAUUAUGGGUAUGGUGAGAAGUCUGGGUUUAAGGCUCGGACAGGCUCCAACAGGCGGUCAGCGGGCAGCGGGCAUCUAAUAAUGCAGAGGUUCUUGUGUUGGAGAGGGAAUUAUCUAAUGUACAAGAAGAAUUCGGAUGCUGGUGCAGGGAAAGUGAAGCGGGGGCCGUAUAAGAAGAGAGCUCGCAGGUUGGCAGAGGAGCCAGCAGCAGCAGCAGCAGCAAGGAAAGAUGGGGAUGUUGUGGAGGUCAUCCAGGUCGAGAGUUCGACAGAGAAGGGAGGUGUGGCAGGUGAUGAUCAUGGGGUCGAGGUCCAAAGUGGUCCUCCAUUGAAAGAACAAGCGGUUGUGGAGAAGGAUGCUGGGCAGAAACCACCUGCUCCAGUUGUUGGUAUGCCUGUGCCAGCAGCGGCAGCUGCUGCUAGGAAAGAUGAUGGGAAGGCAAUCCCUGUAGCCAAUACUGCUCAGUCUCGGCUGUUGAGGGAGCUUGGUGUAAGAGCAUCUCGAUACACACAAGAAGAAAGGAGAGAUAUAAUUCUCAAAUACACGAUGAAGAAGACUAAUAGGCAGGUUGUAGAGAGUCCUGUUAAGGUUCCUUCACGACAAGCUUUGGCUGAAAGGCGUCAGCGAGGCAUUGGAGGAAGGUUCCUUAGCAGACAUGAGUCACCGACUUCUAGUAGUCAGGAUAAAAGGACGGAAGCAGAGCCAGCUGUCCCUGCAGAAGAUGUUGCAAAUUUAGGAGGGGAGCCGAAAGUUGGCAUGGUGUUUGCAAAUGAAGAUAAAGCUUAUGAGUUCUAUGUUAAAUAUGCUGGAACUGUUGGUUUCAGUGUUAGAAAAGGUUGGUGGGAUAAAUCUGCGAGAAAUGUAACUAGAUCAAGAGUUUAUGUGUGUUCAAGAGAAGGAUUCCGCCCAAGGAAUGUGGCAAACGAUGCAAAGAAACCACGGACAGAAACCAGAACUGGUUGUCUUGCACGCAUGGCAAUCAAGAUUACACCUAGUGGUAAAUACUCUAUCAGUGAAUUUGUAGCUGACCACAAUCAUCAACUUGCAGCUCCAUUGGAUGUUCAAAUGUUAAGGUCACAGAGGGUUUUAGCUAAGGUUCAACCUGAAGGUUGUCAAAAUACCAGUCUAAUUCCUGCAGAUUACAAAAACUAUCUCCGGUCAAAGCGAAUGAAGGACAUGAAACUUGGUGAUGCAGGAUCCCUGUUGGAAUACUUGCAAAAGAUGAAAAGUGAAAACCCAUCCUUUUUUUAUGCCAUCCAAGUUGAUGAAAGAGACCAAUUGACAAACAUUUUCUGGGUGGAUGCAAAAUCUAUGAUGGACUAUCACUACUUUGGUGAUGUUGUAUGCUUUGACACAGCUUACAAAACAAAUGAUUAUGACAGGCCUUUUGCAUUAUUUCUUGGUGUUAAUCAUCAUAAACAGAUCAUUGUCUUUGGUGCUGCAUUACUAUAUGAUGAAACUAUAGAAUCCUUCAAAUGGCUGUUUGAGACUUUCAAGACUGCGAUGGGCGGAAGACAACCAAGAACAAUUUUGACAGAUUGCUGUGCAACAGUGAGUGAUGCAGUAGCUGCUGUAUGGCCGGGCACAAUGCAUCGUCUAUGCUUAUGGCAGAUCCACCAAGAUGCCAGCAAGCGGUUAAGUCAUGUUUUUGAAGGCUCAGAAACUUUCGCAUUAGAUAUUAGUAGAUGUUUGUAUGAUUGUGAAGACGAGGAGGAGUUCCUACUGGCAUGGGAAACAAUGUUGGAGAGGUAUGAUCUCAAGGACAAUGAAUGGUUGGGUAAGUUGUAUGAGGAAAGGGAGAAGUGGGCUUUGGUGUAUAGACGUGAAAUCUUUUGCGCAGACAUUGCAAAUGCACUAAGAAAUGAAAACUUGAAUACUGUACUAAAGGAAUACUUGAAACUAGAGACAGAUCUUUUGUCCUUUUUCAAUCAGUAUGAUAGAUUGGUGGAAGAGCGGCGAUAUGCGGAACAACAAGCUAAUUAUCAGGCAAAUCAAGGGACUUCUAGAAUACCUCCCUUGCGCUUACUGUGGCAAGCUGCAAAUGUUUAUACCCCUGCAGUUUUUGAAAUGUUUAAAUUAGAAUUUGAAUUGACAGUGAAUUGUACAGUUUAUAGCUGUGCUGAGGUUGGGACAAUAUCUCAGUAUGAGGUUACUGUCAAGGAUAAAACUAAAGAGCGGUCUGUUAGAUUUGACUCUGCUGAUGGUACAGCCCUUUGCAGCUGCAAAAAGUUUGAAUUUUCCGGUGUUCAGUGCUGCCAUGUGCUGAAAAUACUUGAUUUAAGAAAUAUUAAAGAACUCCCACUUCAGUAUGUCUUGAAGAGGUGGAGAAAGGAUGCAAAAGUUGGGUCAAUAAGAGAGAAUCAUAGGUUUGCACUUGAUGGUGACCCCAAGUCAUCUAUACCUAAGCGUUACAGCUCAUUAUGCCAGAUAUUGUACAAAAUUGCAGCAAUGGCUGCAGAAAAUGCGGAGGCAUAUUCAUGCAUGGAAAGCCAAUCAGAUCAGCUCUUGGAACGGGUAGAGCGUAUUUUGCAAGCAAGACUUCUUGAGAUGCCUUCCCCAAGCACUGCCUCAAAGGUUCAACCACGCAAUCUGGUUCCCAACAAAAGUAACAUUGGGGAAUCUCCAAGGGCUAGUGGGAAAAGGAAGAAGAAUGGUGAUGCUCAUCAUAGGAAUCAGAAUGGUUUUGGGUCAAAUAAACGGCAAAAAGGAAGACAAGAUGUAAAAUCAUUAAUUUUAGGACUGUCUGAUGAGGCAGAAAUUGAAACAAGGAGUGAUGAACUGCCUGCGUCAUCAGAUGAGAUUUUGGCUCAGCCCAGGAAUCCUCCUAAUCAGUUCUUUGUACCAAGUCAGUUCAUGCAGGGACCUUAUGUUUCUGGUCAUCAAUUCGGAUUGAGUACUGUUCAAGGCUUUCAUAACAUGACACAAUUUAGUCAGAUGCAAGAGUCUUCAACUAGUUUGCUACAACAGCAACCAUUCCAUGGCAACACUCAGUUAGGCCAGAAUGACGUGCAGGCCUGCUCAGCUGCUGAUGUGCAGUCCUUGCAAUUUGGUGGGAGCAAUCCACAACUGGGCCACCAGAGCAGCGAUCAGGGCCAUUAUUCAAUUCCUGUAUGGGACUUUCUAUGAUGCAUGCUAUAUUACCCAACUUCACAUCUGGUUAAGGUGCAAAGUAAUGUAGGAGAGGUUCUGUCAUUUCGGGACUCAGUUGGCUUGCCAUGCUGAACAUCUGACAAGACCACAACUGAAGUUUUUACAGUUUUGCUACUUCAGAUGUGAAGCAAAAAACACUCAGAACCAUCAACAGUGGAGUGAAAAAAUGGUACAAACAAGCGCUACAGGUUGACUGAUGUUCACAGCUGUUCCUAACUGAAAAUAUUUCCUACGCUCUCACCAGAUCAUCGGUGCUCUUUUCAUUUCUUUUGUAUCUCCCUUUCCAUUCUCAUCCAGGUAUCAUUGUAUCAAUAUAGAACCUAAUGCAGAGGUUGUGCUCUGCAGUAGAGAAUGUACAUCCUGAAACCCAGUUGUGAAGAUCUAAUAUUAAUAUCUACGAUUAUGCGAGAGGAGAUGACAUCGAGAGAUCUUUGUUAUCUAAUGUUAGUAGGUGUUGAAUGUUUGAUUCAUUAAAUGUAAUGAUGUAAUGCUUAAGAUGGUUAUCAAAUGGAAGGUAGUCACUGCAUGUGAAAUCCA